AUGAGCGGGAACGAGCGCGGAAAGUUGACCCCAGAGGAAAUCGAGCGCGAGCAUGAUGAUCAGUGUCUUACCACGGUUCCGUUUGAGUGGUUGGUUGACGACGAGGAUGACUGGAAGAUGGUGUUCCGCGGUGAGGCAGUGGGGGUGGCGGGUGGAGUUCCUGGAGUUGGGGAAAGUGGGAUUCCGGGCGAUGGGGUGGAUGGCAGGCGACGAGGAGUGUUCGAGGGUGUGGCUGAGGAAGUGGAGGAGCCUCAGGCGUGGGCUAUUAGACAGAGGCGGAGGGAGCUGGAUACUAUGGACAACGAGUGGCAGCUGAACAGUAACAAUGAACAAGGCAUGGGCCUCAACCCUGGAAACGAGACCGCCUACCCGAACUGGAUCAACCACAUGGAAGAAUACGAUAUCGAUGCUCUCCUGGGCGCCGAGGACCAUGUAAACACUGAUCAGGAUGAGGAUGACGAGGAACACCACCACGAUGGAUCGAAAUCAUCCAAGCGUGGGAAGAAUCGCUUCACUGCAAAGCAGAUUGAACAACUUGAAUCUUUGUUCCAAUUGUCUGCCCACCCAGAUGAUCCGACGCGCCAGGAACUUGCUGACAAGAUUGGGUUAGAGGCAAGGCAGGUCAAGUUCUGGUUCCAAAACCGACGCACUAAGACUAAGGCGAAGGCAGUUGGAGAUCAGAACAAGGACAUUAAGCAAGAAAAUGCUCAGCUGCACGCGGAGAACAUGAAACUGCAGCAAACAUUAGCAUGUGGCAGAUGUCGUGACCCAACAGAGCACAAAUGGCACCUGCUGAAUGAAAAUGCAAGGCUCAAGGAUACGAAACGCCGUGCCCAAGAAUACCUGAUCAAGCUCAUCCAUGAUUCAAACCUUCCUCACUCUGAGACACUGGAGCAUCUGGAAUCAGCUUCCCUGAACCUGGUGCCAUUCGACGACAAUGGCAGCACUUACCAGGCCACACUUCUCUCAUACGCUGAACGUGCCUUGAACGAGUUUAUGAUGUUAGCAGUGAAGGAUGAGCCGAUGUGGCUGCCUACCAUCAAUGGCAAGAUGCUACACAACCAGGAGUACAAUUGUCGCACGUGCCCAGGACUACUUGGCCCCUGCCCGCAGGGGUUUGUCAUGGAGGCAACCAAGCAGACUACCACAGUCAGGGGUACCGCCUCCGACCUCGUUGCCAUGCUCACUGACGUGUCAUGCUGGUCCAAGAUGUUCCCUGGUAUCAUAGAAAGUGUAAGGGCUAGCAAGGUUGUCUCCAGUGGCAUUUCAACUUCGCGCGACGGGCUAAUUCAGGAGGCUUGA